UUUUUUUGGUCGAACAUACAAAAAAAAUUUACUUUUUUUGCAUUUCUCCGGAGAAAACAAAAACAUAUUUUAACAUUUAUUGAAUAAAACACAUAUAAAAAUUGACGCUUAUUUGUUAAAACAGCGUUAAUAGAAAAAGAGUAAGAGAUUAGAAAAGUUUAAGUGAGAAAUAUAAUACAUUUUUGCUAAUAAUUAGCAAGUUGGUUGAUGGUACAAAUGAAAAAAAAACAUAAAAUUAUAAAAAAUACAUAAAAUAUAAAUGAAAUAGACACAUAAAAUAACUAAUUAAACAACAAGGCCAAUAAUGAAGGCAAUAAAAAUGAUAAGAAAUUGUCUGUAAAACACACAACACGGCAAAAAACUAUUUAGGGUUGAGUCUUCUUCAGGCAGCAUCGCUAACACAGCACAACAACUGCUAAUGGACGGACGGCAGAGUAUUAAUUGAAGUGUUUACGUGUUCCCUUGAUUAUUGUUAUUAUUGCCAUUGGUGCAGAUGGUAUUGGUGUUGGUGGCAUCAGCAGUAGCAGCAGCAGCAGCGGCGCUAAAGGUAGUAGAGUUGGUUGUGAAGUUGGAAUCAUUAGAAAUAGAUCACAAACUUGCUUAGUUUAUAAACUAAACGAGAAACAGCAACAACUACUAGUGUAUACCUAUGUAGAACUAAAUGUUUCAUGUUUAUAGGGUAAUUGAAUGAAACCUUAUGGGAAUUACUAUAAUUAAGUAUCGACGUCAACCAUAACAUUUCGUUGAAAAGCCAUUCUUGUUUAUACAAUAAAACACACAUUAAGCAGUUUGACAUUUAGCGGUGUCUGAAAUUAAAUAAAUAUAAUAUAAACUGGCUUACGAUAUAAUAUGCAAUAUUAUAAUCUAAACGACUCCAACAUGCUGUGAUAAAUAUUCAAAAUAAUAUCAAACAAUAGGAAUUGUCUGCAAAAGCAAACGACCAAUUAAGUUGCCAUUACAAAUGACCAAAACAUUAAAAAAAUAACAAAAUUCUUUAAUUAACAAAAUUCCAACACCCUCCCACCUGAAGUCAACCUAAAAAAGAAAACAAAAAGAAAUCAACCAACCAGUCUAUAUUGCCAACAAAAAUGCGUUCUAAGAAAUUCUUAAUUAUAGCCUGUUUCUUAGUAACUUGGACAUUUAUUGUAUUCUACUUUGUGCCCCGUACAAAUACGAAAUUUUCUCCAGCUUUAACAUCCAAUAGGUUACAGCAAUUAGAACAAGAUGCUCGUCAAGAGUAUCGCAAAAGUGAUAAGUUAAUGGUUAAUCUAUUAGGCAUACUAAAGACAAAAUAUCCGCUCGAAACUCAAGCAGCCACAGAAAAAGAAAUUGCCAUCAUAGCCUUACCGAAUAAUCAACCCAUACAGGAGCCACCCUCCUCCAAUGAGAGACAGGAAAAUAUUUUGGAACAACCCAAUGAUACAGAAACGAAUUUAGUUAGCAAUUCCCAGCAGCCAGUAACACCAACCACAAAAACUCAUCUCAAUAAUGGUCAACCUAUUAUACCGGUAUUAGUAUUUGCCUGUAAUCGUGUUUCCAUUUCAAAAUGUUUGGAUAAUCUUAUUAAGUAUCGUCCCAGUAUGGAACAAUUUCCCAUAAUUGUUUCGCAAGAUUGUGGUGAUGAGGCUACACGUAAUGUUAUUCUAUCCUAUAAGGAACAAGUUUCUCUAAUAGAACAACCCGAUCAAUCGGAUAUAUUUGUACCACCGAAAGAAAAGAAAUUUAAGGGUUAUUAUAAAAUAGCUCGUCACUAUGGUUGGGCAUUGAAUAAUACCUUUGGCAAGGGUUAUGAUUAUGUUAUAAUUGUGGAGGAUGAUCUCAAUGUGGCACCCGAUUUCUUUGAAUACUUUUCGGGUACUCAUCAUUUACUCAAGCAGGAUCCCUCUUUGUGGUGCGUUUCUGCUUGGAAUGACAAUGGCAAAGCUAAUCUUAUAGAUGCCUCGCAUCCGGAAUUGUUAUAUCGCACGGAUUUCUUUCCCGGUUUAGGUUGGAUGCUGACCAAAGAUCUGUGGCGGGAAUUAUCCGUUAAAUGGCCAAAAUCUUUUUGGGAUGAUUGGAUACGUCAUCCGGAGCAGAGAAAAAAUCGUGUUUGCAUACGUCCGGAAAUAUCAAGAACUCGUACAUUUGGCAAAGUUGGUGUUUCGAAUGGCCUGUUUUUCGAUAAAUAUUUACGUUAUAUUAAAUUAAGUGAAGAAUUUGUACCAUUUACAAAAAUGAACUUAAGUUAUUUAUUAAAGGACAAUUACGAUAAAACAUUUAUAAAAGAAAUCUAUACGUAUCCUGUAGUUACGUAUGAUGAAUUAAGACGUGAGCUAAUAAAACGUGAUGGACCGGUAAGAAUACAAUACAAUACUAGAGAUCAAUAUAAAAGAACAGCAAAAAUGUUGGGACUUAUGGACGAUUUAAAGAGUGGUGUACCGCGUACUGCUUAUCAUGGUAUUGUAUCGUUUUUCUUUAAUAAAAGACGUGUCUAUUUAGCACCCAAUGUCAAUUGGAAAGGUUAUGAUUUAUCGUGGAGCUAACAGAAUUUUAUAAUUUUAAGUUUAACAUCUUAGUCUUAAAUUUAGUUUAUUUUUUUCUAUUUAUUAUAAAAAAUAACAAAAAAAAAUGUUGAACAAAAAAACAAUUUACUAACAAUAAAACACAACAAUAUAUAUGAUUCCUUUUUAUUUUGCUAUUAAGUAAGACUAGAGGUCUCUCCCAUUUACUUUUAAUAUAUAAUUUUUAUAAAUGACCAACCAAAUAUUAAUACAAUUUAUUAGUUUUUAAACUUAGUUUAAAGUCUUAAUUUUCUCUGGUAUAUAUGUUUUGUAAAUUUGUUUUAUUUGAAUCUUUAUUUUUUUAUAUUAUUAAAUGGACCACCUAUAAUUACUAUGUAUUUAUGUAUGUAUGAUGUUGUAUUUAAAAUCCUAAGAGAACAAAUCUAAACAGAACUUGUAAAGUAAAGCAAUAGUUUUUUUAUUAUUAUUAAAUAGUUUAUUUUACAUUUAUAUUGAUAUUAGCUUUUUGUAAAUUUCUUAAUUCUAACUAUUAACUACUUAUUAUUAGUAGUAUAUAAUGUUGACUUAAAAUAGUUUAAAGAUGUAAUUGUAAAUUCAAAAGAAAUCAUUCCUUUUAUAAGUUUGUUUAAGAAACGAAAUUUCCUACAGUGAUACGUUUAAAAGAAAUGUAACUAUUUGCUAAAAAAUUAAAAAGAUUAAUGAAAGUGAUAAAAAAGCAACAAGUUUUUAAAUAAACUGUUUGAAAACUGAUCUUAUCAAAACUUUUCUACAGACAACUGAUCUUAGGAAGUGAUUUCUACAGCAGAUGUACAUAGAAUACUGAUCUUACGAAAAGGUUUUUAAUAGAAAACUGAUCUUAAGAAGAGGUUUCUAUGGGAAACUGACCUGACAAUAAGUUUUUAAACGAAAAGGUUUCUAAUAGAAAACUGAUCUUACGAAAAGGUUUCUAAUAGAAAACUGAUCUUACGAAAAGGUUUCUAAUAGAAAACUGAUCUUACGAAAAGGGUUCUAAUAGAAAACUGAUCUUACGAAAAGGGUUCUAUUAGAAAAGUGAUCAUACGAAAAGUUUUACAUAGGAAACUGAUCUGACGAUAUUUUUUUAAUAAAAGAAUCAUCAUACCAAAAGAUUUCUGUAGUAAACUGAUCUUGAGAAAAGUUCUCUAAAUGAAAACUGAUCUUCUGAAAAGAUUUCUAUGAAGAGUUUUCAAUAGAAAUGAGAUCUUACGAUAAGUUUUCUAUAAAAACUAUUUAUACGAAAAGUUUUCUGUAGUAAAGUGAUCUUUAGAAAACAUUUAUAUAAAAAACUGAUCUUCUAAAAAGAUUUCUAAAGAAAUCUGAUCGUACUAACAAAUGUGUAAAGCAAACUGAUCUAAGAAAAUGUAAAAUGAUCAUAGAAAACUGAUCAUACGAAAAAAAUUUUGUAAAAAAAGUGAUCUUGUGAAAAAUUUUCUAUAGGAAACUGAUCUUACUAAAAGUUUUCUAUAUGAAAAUGAUCUUGGGAAAAGUUUUCAAUAAUAAAAUGAUCUUCUGAAAAGAUAGCUAAACAAGUACGAUCGUACUAAUGAAAUUCUAAAGCAAACUGAUUUUACAAAGAGUAAACUGAUCCGACAAAAAGUUGCCAAUAAAAAAACUGAAAAAUUGUUAAGAGAAAAUUGAAAUUUCGAAAUCAAACUGAUCUUACAAAGUGUAAAUUGAUCAUAGAAAACUGAUCCUACGAAAAGUUGUCUAUAAAAAACUAAUUUUAAGAAAAGUUGUGAAUAGAAAACUGAAAUGAUAUGAUGUGAUCGUAUUAAUAAAAUUCUAAAACAAACUGAUCUUACAAAGUCUAAAUUGAUCAUGGAAAAAUGUUUCUACGAAAAGUUGUCAAUAUGAAACUGAUCAUACGAAAAGUUGUCAAUACAAUACGAAAAGAGCUUUGUAGUGAUCUUUUGAAAAGAUUUCUAGAUAAAUUUGAUCGUUCUAAGAAAUUUCUAAAAAAGAUUUUUCAAAUUGUAAACUGACCAUAGAAAACUGAUCUUACGAAAAACUUUCUAAGAUCAUAUAAAACUUAUCUAACGAAUGGGUUCUCAUUGUAAAAAAACUGAUCUUACUGAUCUGUUUAAAAUGAUCUUACGAAGUUAUUAAGCCUUUCUAAAUGUUUUCUGUGAAAAAGUGAUCUUUCUAAAAAUUUCUAUAGAAAACUGAACUUUCAAAAAGUUUUCUUUAGAAAACUGAUAUUACGAAACAAAUUUAAAAAACAAUUUUAUAAUUUUAACAAAUUUCACUAAAAUUACAUCUUUUACUAUUUUAAGAUCUCAUUAACUUUUAUGUACAAUUUUGUUUAAUAAAUAAAUCUCAGUUAAAAUAAAGAAACAAAUUUAUUAAAAAUUUCCAAGUAAUAAGUUGCAGCUGUUGAUAUAUUUAAUAGUUUAUCAAUAAAAGUUUAACAAUAAAAACAAACAUA